AUGGAAGAUUAGAUUGAUAACGAAUUCUUGGAUGAAAAUCAACCAAACCAAGAUCUCAUAGAAUGCGAGCUAUGCAAUAGGAAGUUUCAUCCUGAAAGAAUUGAAAGACAUCUUAUUGCUUGUCAAAAAGCACAACUGAAAUAAUAAGAAAGGGACAAAAUAAUAUAAAAAAAGAAAAAACAGAUUGAACAAAAAAAAUAACAACUUCAAUAAACGGAUGUUGAAAUAGUUAAAACUAAUUGGAGGGAAGAACAUCAAAAAUUUUAGGAAUAAAUCUAAUAUAACCGAAAAUUAAAAUAGGUAAUAACAGCAUUAUAUAUUAAGUUAGAAAAUGAAGGAUAAGAUGUAAAUUAGUUAAUACCGCCAGAAACCAAAGUAAAUUCCAAUUAUGUUUUCUGCGAAUAUUGUGAAAGACAUUUUGAUAAACGUAACAAUUAAAUAUCUAUCUCCAAGAUGUUGCUGAAAGACACAUCCCAAAGUGUAAAGAAACCAAAGCCAAACCUAAACCUCCAAGGAAGAAGACCGUUGAAGUGAUAUAACCUUCCUAACCACAACUUUAAGAAAAAAGAUAAGCCUAAGUUAGUACACCUUCUACUUCAAGCCAAAUGGAAAGAAAGCCCAUUAUCAAAAAAUAACUAUCAGACUCAUCACAACAAUUCAGACCUACUAGUUUAUAAAAAUUUAUAGCAGAAUAAUCUGGCAAAGCAAAUUUAACUAAUAUAGGUAUUAUUUCAAGUUCUAAACAGGUUUUAUCGACUGUAAAUCAAGGGCUACUGCUAUCUAAGAUACGGAGUGUCCUCAUUGUAAUAGAAGAUUCAUAUCCAGAGCUGCUGAAAGGCACAUUCCAAUUUGUGAAAAAUUAACAAGAAAACACUCUUUUUGUAUGAAUAUUUCAUUAAUAAUUAGAAAUCAAAUAUCACAAUAGAAAGAGCGUUCCUAUAAAAUAAAAUAAUUUAAUGAUGAUGGUAGCACCUACUGCCCUUUUACCUUAGAUUUAGAGAAAGGGAAAUAAGUAGUUGGAUGUAGGAACUUUGCCUCCUAUUGGAAAUAGUUAAAAGUUUUGUACAGAAUGUGGGAAUAGAUUCUAGGCUAAUCACAAAUAUUGUGGGGGAUGUGGACAUAAAAGAGAACCUGAAAUUGUAAUUUGA